UCCGACCUUCCUAUCGUAGGUCCAAUGUGUGCAUGCUCACUCAGCAAUUGUUGCCGUACUCCGAGAUAUACAGGGGAUUGUAGAACCCGUGCAUGAGUAUCGGGGGUUCGGAUAUCGGUCGGGACUAUGGACGCUGCCGUUACACCGGACAUAUCACGGUAUGUACCUAGAACCCCUGAGUGUAGGAUCAAGAUGUUGUUUUAGUUGAGGUGAAGUAAAAUCCGUAAGGUCCGUAAGGGGCCGAGAGCCGUGAAGGGAGCUAUGGUGCAAUAGUCAACGACAUCAUAUAUCUACAAGUGAUCAGCCCCUUAUUUCAACACUGAAAACCACGCAACAGACUCCUCUUGAUCUAUCCUCACACAUCUCCUUGAGCCCUCAUCAAUAGCCACUCGUGCCCGAGUAAAGUGCGAGACACAAUGCGUCUAUCGAGCACCGCCCUCCUCCUAGCCGUGGGCCUCAGGGACCUCGCAGCUGCGGUUCCCAUCCAGGACAGCCCCCGACAACGGCUGCUGGACGGCAAGCCGUUGCCGGCCAAGUAUCGGAAGAGCACUCCUGCUCCUUACACCCCCGAAUACCGAGAUCCCUACGACAAGGCCAUCGAUGCCAUUGGUGAGGGGCUCGACCCCUUGCCCUGGCGCAAUGGAGACGGUGCCUCGGUCUUGGGGCCAUGGAAUCGCGAGCGUUCGCGCCAGAACUCUGAUAUCGUGCGGCCGCCUUCGACGGACCACGGCGACAUGCCGAACCUGAGAUGGAGUUUUGCCGACUCACACAUCAGAAUCGAGGAAGGCGGCUGGACCCGGCAAACCACGGUCCGCGAGCUGCCGACGAGCGUUGAGCUCGCGGCGGUCAACAUGCGGCUCGGAGAAGGCGUGAUCCGCGAGCUGCACUGGCACAAGGAGGCCGAGUGGGCGUACGUGCUGGACGGCAGCGUGCGGGUGACGGCGCUGGACUACGAGGGGGGCACGUACGUGGACGACAUAUCGAAGGGCGACCUGUGGUACUUCCCCUCGGGGGUGCCGCACUCGCUGCAGGGCCUCAGCCCGAACGGCACCGAGUUCCUGCUGAUCUUCGACUCGGGCGAGUUCUCCGAGGAGUCGACCUUCGUGCUGACCGACUGGCUCGCCCACACGCCGCGCUCCGUCAUCUCCAAGAACUUCCACCUGCCCCCGGAGGUCUUCGCCCACCUCCCCGCGUCCGAGAAGUACAUCUUCCAGGGCUCCGAGCCCGGCUCCGUCGAGGACGAGUUCCCCAAGGGAAAAUACGUGAAAAAGUCCACGCAGCAGUUCACGCACCGCAUGCUGGCGCAGGAACCCAAAAACACCACCGGCGGGCAAGUACGCAUCACGGAUAGCCGCAACUUCCCCAUCUCCACCACCGUCGCGGCCGCGCACGUCAUCAUCCAGCCGGGCGCGCUGCGGGAGAUGCACUGGCACCCCAACGCGGACGAGUGGUCCUUCUUUUUAGGCGGGCGGGCGCGCGUGACGGUGUUCGGGGCCGAGGGCACGGCGCGCACCUUCGACUACCAGGCCGGCGACGUCGGCAUCGUGCCGCGCAACAUGGGCCACUUUGUCGAGAACGUCGGGGACGAGCCCAUCGAGAUGCUCGAGGUCUUCCGCGCCGACGAGUUUCGUGACUUCUCGCUGUUUCAGUGGCUGGGGGAGACCCCGCGCCGGAUGGUGGCGGAUACCAUGUUCCAGGGGGAUAAGGAGGCCGGGGAGAGGUUUUUGAAGGAGAUUGAGGAUGCUGGGAAGGAUGAUGUCACCUUGCCGCCGAAGGAUAUUGUGUGAGAUGGGGGCUAGACAGUGGAAUGUGGAUUGGUGAUGUU